AUGAAGAUGAAUAGGUUAUUAUAUUGUGCUAUUAUCCAGGUAUUUGUCACUUGUGUCCGGGCGACUGACAAAGUGUUUUGGUAUGAUAGCCCGGCUGCCAAUGCUAUGGAGCAGGCCGUGCCUGUGGGUAAUGGACGUAUAGGUGGACUGGUUUUUGGAAUCACUGAGAGAGAAAAAAUAGUUGUAAAUGAAGUCACGUUAUGGACGGGCGAUGACAAUCCGUCCCAACAGUACGGCGGUCCGGGUUUCGGCGAUUACCAGACUUUGGGUAAUCUGAUCAUCGAUUUACCCGAUCAUAAGGACCACUCGCAGUACAAGCGGGCGCUGGAUAUCGGGGACGCCGUCGCGACCGUUGAUUACGAGUCACACGGAGUUCAAUACAAGCGGGAAGUGUUCGCGAGUCACCCCUCGGAGGUAAUGGUCGUCCGGUUGACCGCCAAUAAGGGCGGGUCUUAUACGGGACGCAUAGAGCUGGAGGACUCGCAUAAGACAGGACUCCGAGCGGCGGACAACUCGAUCUCCGCCGACGGAAAACUGCAGAACGGGUUGCGGUUUGCGUGGAAAGUGUCGGCCCAUAACACCGGCGGUAAUCUCAAAGUGAACGGUGCGCUCAUUGAGUUCAAUGGGUGCGACUCAUUGACGCUAAUAGUGAGCGCCGGCACUGACUAUGUGUUCGACGACUCGAAAAAGUUUAAGUCCGGCGAAGACCCUCUCAAUCACGUGAACGACUGGAUCUCAAAGGCCGGCGCCAAGUCAUACGACGCCCUAAAGACCGAACACUUGAAUGACUUCCACGGGCUGUUCAAUAGAGUGGACCUGGAUUUGGGACAGUCGUCCGGACAGCAACAGGGGUUACCGACCGCCAGACGUAAGGUCGCGGCCGUCAACCAAUUUGAUCCCGACUUCGAGGAAAUGUUUUACCAAUUCGGACGGUAUCUCAUGAUAUCGUCGGCGCGAACCAGCCUUCCCCCCAACUUACAGGGUCUAUGGAAUGAUAAAAAUGACCCGCCGUGGCAUGCUGACUAUCAUACCGAUCUGAAUAUCCAGAUGAAUUUCUGGCCGGCGGAGACAGCUAACCUUGGUGAAUGUCAUAUGACAUUAUUUAAUCUGGUUAGGAGUCAAUUGAAUAGUUGGCGCCAACAGACCAGAAAAUCCGAUCAAUUGCUGACACCAUUGGGUAAACACUCGACAAAAGGUGUUGCCGUUUCCGGUCAGCAUAAUAUUUUCGGAGGUAUGGGUGGAGGCAUGGAUAUUGAUAAGACGGAUACAGCAUGGUAUGCGCAACACUUUUGGGAACAUUACGCUUUCGGAAUGGAUAAGACAUACCUAAAGGACAUCGCCUACCCUUUCCUGAAAGAGGUGUCGGAGUUUUGGGACGAACAGCUCAAGACUGUGACGAAAGGCACGAAAGAGCAGAUCGGAAAACUGGUUGUCCCUAACGGGUGGUCACCAGAACACGGACCCAAAGAGGACGGCUGUAGUUAUAAUAAUGAGAUCGUAUGGGAUUUGUACACAAAUUACAUUCAAGCGGCGGAUGCGCUGGGAGUGGACAAGGAGUUUAGGGAUAAGAUAGCCGGUGAGAGGGAUAAGAUCUUAUGGCCAGGGAUUGGAUCGUUCGGUCAAGUGAUGGAAUGGAUGGAAGAACAACCGGGCGAGAAGACCGACCAUCAUAGACAUACAUCCCAUUUGUUUGGCGUAUAUCCGGGACGUCAAAUCACUCCGGAGUCUAAUCCCGCUUUGGCUAAAGCAUCCUUGGUAUCCCUCGCCGCUAGAGGUAUCGACCCGUCCACCGACGUGACUGAGUGGUCGUACGCCUGGCGCUCAGCCCUAUACGCCCGGCUCAGGGAUGCCGAGAACGCCCACCACUUAUUCCGCGAGCUUAUGACCGAACGUAACACUCAUCCCAAUAUGUUUGGGAGACAGCCGUCGAUGCAAAUCGACGCCAACUUCGGCAUAACGGCAGCCGUCGCCGAAUUCCUACUCCAGAGUCACGCAGACGUCGUGGAGGUGUUGCCGGCGCUGCCGAAGGACUGGAAGACCGGACACGCCAAGGGUCUGAAGGCCAGAGGCGGACAUCAGUUGGAUAUCUAUUUCGAGAACAAUAGCCUGAAGUCUGUAACCAUUAACAGUGUUGUCGCCAGUGAUAUGAAAAUCAAAUACGGAAAUAAUGUGAAGACAAUUAAAGUGACCCCGGGUAAAGCGACUAAUUUGGAUCACAAUCUGAAUCCAAUUUAA